AUGUCGCUGCGCCUACGACAGGCCAUCCCUGGCCGUCCGCGCCGCGACUCACCCAGUGCGCUCAGCGCUAUCACUACCCCAUGCGGGUCAUACUUUGUCUAUCCUUCCUCCUCGAAUGUCGUGCUCCUCGAUCCCGAUGGUGACCUGCACAACACCCUGCCGUUCUGGGACGCGCUGCCGCACCGCGCCGGGCCGUCCGGAAUUGAGCGCGAUGUCGGCGGAGUUCUCGCGCGCGAUGGCAUGGUCCUCGCGUGGAGCGGUGCGCACGUUGUCCUCUGGAACUACCAGCCUCAGGGCUGGAAGGUUCACUCGACCAUUGUUGCCAACUCACCCGUCGCGUCUCUCGACUUCUGGGGAGGCACGCUCGCACUUGGCACGCAGACCGGGGUGGAACUCUGGCGCACGGAGAACGCCGAGAUCGUCGUCUGGGACCGCAUCUGGACUGGACACAGUGAACCGUCGCCCAUGGUGGCUCUCCCUCCAGAGAAGAGCCACAUCGCAUGGUACUUCCAGGGUGGCCGCGAGAUCACAAUCCAAGCUUUUGGCACCAAGGGUGUCACUGGGAGCCCUCAAAUCCUCCGUCAACCGCGCCAGAUUGAGUGGCUCGGGUGGCGAACAGUCGAGACGACAGAAGCGCAGCUCUACGUCGUCACGACCAACGGAGUGUUGCGCAUCUACGCGACCGUGUUGGACGAUCCUACGUGGUUCCAGAUGCUCUAUGCCAUGGACUACCGCGCAUUCCGGGACGCCGGCGUUCUCCCACCCAAAGGCAAAGGCCCGGCCGAGUUUGGCACCAUCUUGGUCCCGGACGGGGCGACGCUACGCAAGGCGGCGAAGAGAGCGCAUGUUGCUGCGGGGAACGGGAGACUAUCGGCGUCAGUCAUCAAGAUCCUCGACGCGCUCGAUAACGAUGAGGCCGACGUCGCCAUUUGGUUCGGUGCCAGUGGUGAAGUCGUCCUUCGUUCCAUUCUCAACCUCGACCGGGCUCCGCCGACCCUAAUCAAGUCGGAACCGCUCGCGUCGUUCAUCACCCCUAUCAACGCUUCAUGGUCCAGUCGCGGAUGCCUGCUCGACGGCAAGUCGCUCUUCCUCGCCUUCCCCCCUACCCACGCACAGCCAGAUGUUUCGACAGUGCGCGUCUCCCUCCUCGAUCUCUUUGGUGGCAACGACGAGUCUUUCGGUGCUGCUGAGUCUGCUGACUUUGAAACCAUGUCCGUGCUCAUGACACAAGACAUCCAGUGCUUCGCGCGCACUCCCAACGGCCGCGGAUUGCUUGCCAUUGGUAAAGGCGGUGAGAUUGGCGUGUGGGAGAAGCGCCGCCUUGGGAAUAUGUCGUGGAACGAGUCUAAACUCAAGACCCCUGCGCUCGUCGGCAAAGGUCAGUGGAUGGCGCCGGCAUCCCCAAUCUUGUACGCUAUCUACGCCAAGGGACGCGGUAUCGCAUCCUACUAUCACGAUCCAACGGAUGGUCCGCGGGUCGUUCUCCGACACCUAGACCCCGGCGUUGGAAUGCCGACCGAACCGGUGGUCAUGCCCCACUUUACGCCCAAACCGGACGACAAGAUCGAGCUCCUACUCGCCCUUUCCGACAUUGACGACGGGUACAGCCCACGGAGACGUCGCACACGCCGCGCUGUUAUCAUGGCUGUAUCGGCGAGCGGCGAGGCCUGGGUGUGGCGCAUCGAGCCGGCACCUACCUCGCCGCGCUUUGAGUUCUCUGAGUCGCCGCUGACUCGGCGCGACUCAUUCGCCUCAACGCCGCGGAGGAGGGGGACUAUGCUCCCUGACUCGCCGUCGGGCUCACCGCAGGUCAAAGGCAGCAUCAUGUCCGGGGACUCUGGCACUGGGGGUUACGUGUAUCACAGCGAGAAGCCGAUCGUGACGUUGAUCUCGCACUCGUUUCUCCCGGUCGAGGACGGCAAGAAGCCGCGCUUCAUUCUCCCUGUUGACCCGAUGGGCUGGCACAGCUCCACAAUCGACUGGGAGACGGAUACUCCGCUUCAAGACAUGGUGGUGACGCUGUCCGACAGUGGCGUGCUCGAGUUCUGGACGCCGCGCCUCGGCCAACAUCUCGCCGGUCAGCGGCGUUCGUCGGUCCACCGCGACGCAUGCUUUGACGGACACACCGCCAACGCCGGGUGGACGCGCACCAGCGUCGUAAGAACGGAGAAGACGGAUGUAUGCUUAGCACGCACGAGCUCGCGCAAGAAGACAGCCAUCGUGUGUGCCGUCGGCGACAAGUACGAGGUGACGAUCUGGGACUCAAAUGUCUCCGAAUUCUCCACCGGCCUCGAGUUGACGCACACGUUCGACCGUGGUCAUGUCAUCCAAGACCUCGACUGGACAACCACGUCCGACCUUCAAUCCGUGCUGGCUGUUGGGUUCCCGCACCAGAUCGUGCUCGUGUGCGAGCAGCGCUUAAGCUACGUUGACGUCACGCCAGGAUGGGCGCCGUUCCUCCACGUCGACAUGCGCAAGUACACCUCUGUGCCGAUCAACGACUCGGUUUGGAUUGCUGGCGGCUCGCUCGCUGUCGCCGCCGGGAACCAGGUGUACAUCUUCAGUCGGUUCUUGGAGAAGCCGACGCCUCCACCAUCACCUCCCGAAUCAGACGAGGUAACGCACGCCAAGGCAGAAUUAGAUGGCGAGGAGCCCGAGGACAUCUUCCAGCUGAUCGCGCACGAGAACGGGCCCCUGUUCGACUUCCACCCGACCAUGCUCCACCAGUGUUUGAUGUGGGACAAGAUCGAUCUUGUUAAGAACAUUCUGGUUACGCUCGUCAAGGAUAUGCGCAAAUGCGAGGAUGAGGGGCGGCGGCGACUCAUUUACCAGCGUCUCGACCCUCUCGCGUUCCACCAGUCGAACGCCGUGCGCCAACAGAAGGUAACCAAGACCGACUACUCUAGCCUCUUUUCGAUAGUGCCGUCAGAGGAUCCAACGGACGACGACGAAUUCACCGAGUCGGUCGUGCAGGACCUGAUUGAGAGACUGGACGGCCCGGUCGUGAUCCCUCUGGACCAGGUCGAAAAGAGCAGCCUGGCAGCCCUCGCACAGGCUGUGCUCGAGGUUGAAGCGUCGCGGCGUUCUCUCGACAUCUGUGGGCUGCGCUACUUGAUCAGCAUUCGCGCAUUCGCGAAUCGCGACCGCCGGACUGCGCUGAGUGGCGCUGCCACCCCACUUCCUAUCCCCAUUCCCGAGGAGGGCCUCCGGCCCACAGCGCACUCUCGCAUCUCGUUCCGCAACAUUGUCUGGGCGACACAUAGCGAGUCUCAGGUAGUUCUCCUGCAGGCAGCCACCGCCUCCACCGAGAACAACAAGAUGAUGUGGGAGGACGCAAAGCGCCUCGGCGUAUUCCUCUGGCUGAGAAACCAGGAGGAGAUCCGUGCUGAGCUCGAGGUCGUUGCGCGCAACCGCUUCAUGGCGGAGGAAGACCGCGACCCAAUCUCCGCGAGUCUGUUCUUUUUCGCGCUGGGUAAGAAGCAGGUUGUGCACGGCCUCUGGCGCCAGGCGCCGGGGCACAGGGAGCAGGCUAUGAUGCUCAAGUUCCUCGCCAACGACUUUUCACUCGACCGCUGGAAGACGGCUGCAGCGAAGAAUGCGUACGCGCUUCUGAGUAAACAGCGCUAUGAGUACGCCGCAGCGUUCUUUAUGCUCGCCGGCAGCCCUAAGGACGCGAUUACUGUGUGCUUGCGUCAACUGAACGACUGGCAGCUGGCCGUUACUCUCGCGCGCGCAGUCGAGGGUGACGGCCCGCUCCUCACUUGGGUCUUGACUGACACCGUGCUCCCGAUUGCGUUUGCUGGAGGGCACCGGUGGCUGGCGUCGUGGGCAUUAUGGAUGCUGAAGCGUCGCGAUCUCAGUGUGCGGGUGAUCGUGUCCCCAAUGGAGGAGGUCGCUGCGGCGUGGAACGCGGAAGCAGUCAACAGUGGCAAGCUGGUGGUCGGGCAGCCAGACAAUGACGACCCGUCACUCCUGCUGCUGUUCCAGCACCUUAAAAGCAAGACGUUGCAAACGGCCAAGGGUACGAGCGAGAUCACGCCGGUGCUCGAGUUCGACUUUGUCGUACACAACGCAAGAGUGUUCUUCCGCAUGGGCUGCCACCCACUCGGUCUGGAUGUGCUGCGGUCGUGGUCGUUCGAGCGGGCGUGGUUCCCCCCUCCCGUUAUCAAAAAGCGUCCCGAGCCCAUCAAAGUUGGCGGCGACGUUGGCAAGGGCCCAGUUUCGCCUACUCGUCGCAUGUCCAUGUCGCCAUACGUCGUCCGCCGCAGAAGCAGCUUCAUGUUGUCCCGCCCGGCUGGGCGCGAGAACAUGCUCAUGGACAUGGACGUGGUUGCGGAAGGCACCGAGCCGCCGACGCGCCAGCCGUCCCCUGGGCCGGAGAAUGGCGGGCUCCCGUCGCUCACAAUGUCCAAAAUGGAGGACAGGGCCGAGCCGCCAGGCCUCAUGAAGGGCCUGCGCAAGGACGUGGAGCAAGGUGGGGCCGUGUUCGACAUGGACCAGUUCUUCGCUCCCGACAAGGCCAAGGAUGUCCCGGAGCUCGUGACCUCGCCGCCAUCAACGAACGGCUCGACCACGCCCGCCCUCAUGACAGGGCAGGCGACGCCGGUCUUCGGCGUGCAGUUCACUGACUCGUUUGGUGGGGGCGCUGCGACCGCACUCAAGCCUGAGAGCGUGAGUCCCGGCAGUCCGAGUAGCCGAGCGGCGUCGCCCGGUAGCAAGAGUCCGAUAGGCCGGACGCAGCGUGACCGGUCACCCGCCAGGUCGGGCACUGGGACACCGUCGCGCAAGGGUGCCAACCUUAUGAAGGAGAUGAUGGCGGGCACGCAAGCAGAGCAAGGAGGCGUCGAGUUCAGUCUGGACAGCUUCUUCCCCGGCGCCCCAGCACCGCGAGCCACGAAGGCCCCCACGAACGUUGACACGCCGAAGGAAGAGGUCAAGGCCAAGGAGGACGAGCAUGAGGACAACGUUGAGAAGAAGGACGAACCUCGCAAGGGUCUGAGCCUCAUGAAGGAGAACAAUGCGCACACCCAUUCCGCGCAGGGCGGCGUUGAGUUCAGCUUGGAUUCCUUCGCCCCGACCAUGCCGGCGCCGGCGCCGGUCGCCCAAGACGCCUACAAAAUGGACGCGACGAGUAACGGGGAGACGCCGGACAAGACGAUGGAGGAGAAGGAGGAAAGACCCAAGGGCCUGAGUCUAAUGAAGGAGACGAACGCACACACGCUGUCAGCACAGGGAGCCACAGAGUUCAGCUUCGACGGCUUCUUCCCCUCCGAACCGGUGCUGCCUAAGUCGAAACCGGCGCAGGCGCCCACACCGCCAGAUGAGCUGAAGGCGGCAGAGGCAACGGUGAACACCAAGCCAGUCACGCCAGAACCUGAUUCCAAACCCACUGGAUCUCCAUCCCCGUCCACGCCUGAGUCCGACACACCCAAGACGACUGACGCAGAUACGCUGCCCAACACUUCUGGCAAGGGCACCGACACAACUCCCGCCACCCCCGACCCCGAGCCACGAAAGGGUGCCAAUCUCAUGAAGGACCUGAACCCGAACGCGACUGCAGCCCAAGGUGGUGCAGAGUUUAAUUUUGGCGACUUCGGAUUCUAG